GAAACACAGAAAGCGCCAUGGCUGCCGCCGGCCAAGGAGAAGAGUGUGUGAUUGUGCCGGCGGCAGUCCCCGCCAAGUCAUCGUCACUUUUGCCACAGCCCGCAGUUCCCAUCCGAGGGAAGCCUAAAAAGGGUCUGGUGUAUCCGCAUCCCCCGAGGAGCUCUCGCCUGUCUCCUUCCGUUCUGCGCUGGCUCCAGGGCCUGGAUCUCAGCUUUUUCCCCAGGAAUAUCAGCAGGGAUUUUUCAAAUGGCUUCCUGAUUGCAGAAAUAUUCUGUAUAUAUUAUCCCUUGGAGCUUAAAUUAUCAUCUUUUGAAAAUGGAACCUCUUUAAAAGUCAAGUUGGACAAUUGGGCACAGAUAGAGAAGUUUUUGGCAAGAAAAAAACUUAAAUUACCUAAAGAACUAAUCCAUGGGACAAUUCACUGUAAAGCUGGAGUACCUGAAAUAUUGAUACAAGAGGUUUACACCUUAUUAACACAUCGAGAGAUUAAAAGUAUUCAGGAUGACUUCGUGAAUUUCACAGACUAUAGUUACCAGAUGCGUUUACCCCUGGUUCCCAGGUCUACAGCUUCCAAGUCUAUUAAAGAUAAUAUUAGGUUAACAGAAUUGAAAAGCAAUCCAAAUAUGCUUAGCAAUGAACUUAAAGUAGAGUUCCUCUUCCUUUUACAGAUGUUGCAGAGAAAAUUAAGCAGAAAGUUGAAUCCAGAAUGGUUUGAAGUAAAACCAACAGUGGGAGAAAUCACUCUCAAUCAUCGUCCUGCCCAAGGCUCUGAGUGCAGAUAUAAUUCAAGGAUUUCAAGGGAAAGAGUUCCUGUUUUACCAAAAACAUGUAAUGGCAAUCCACAUAGAGAAAUUCAUGUGAAGCAAUCUGGAAGAUAUUGUGACUCUAUUACAAAACCUAUCAGAAACAUGGAAAAUAAACCUUGAAAGGCACCUGUCAAAUGGCUUUGAAGAAGUGAUGCCACCAUCUCUUGCCAUACUAGAGCAAUACAAUCACCUAGUCUUGGAUGUAUUUCAAUAAUAAAUAACUUAAAGUGGUAUCUGAUCCA